GGAGAGAAAUAUUCUUGAUCAAGUAAAUAAAAUAGCUCCAAAAUUUCAAGAGGGUCUAAAGGCAUUUUCUGACAGUCCCAUCAUUGGAGAGAUUCGGGGGACAGGUUUGAUUCUCGGGACUGAAUUUGCCGAUAACAAGUCGCCAAACGACCCUUUCCCUUCCGAAUGGG